AUGGCAUCCAGAACUUCACCAUUCGACUUGUCGAAAUGCGCUCGACCUAAUAUCCUCCAAUUGCAACCUUAUCGCUGUGCCAGAGAUGACUAUAAAGAUGAUGGGACAAACGUCCUUUUGGAUGCGAAUGAGAACGCCUACGGUCCAGGAUUGGCAUUGAAUGACCAGGGUGCCCUGAAAGCCUCACAGUCUGGCAAUGUGCCCGAGAUUGACUUCUUAGGCUUGAACCGAUACCCCGAUCCUCACCAGAUUGAGCUCAAGCAGCUCUUCUGCGACCUCCGUAAUACCCACCACCACACACAAAAAACCCUCAAGCCCGAGAGCCUCUUCGUCGGUGUCGGAUCCGAUGAAGCCAUCGAUGCCCUGCUCCGAUGCUUCUGCACACCCGGCAAGGAUAAGAUCCUAACCUGCCCACCGACCUACGGAAUGUACAGCGUCAGCGCGCAGGUAAACGAUAUCGAUAUCGUGAAGGUGCCACUGGACGUGGACAACGGCUUCCAGCUGCAAACAGAGAAAGUCAAGGCCGCCCUUUCGAACGAUCCCUCCAUCAAGAUCGCCUAUAUCUGCUCCCCCGGUAAUCCGACCGCGAACUUGAUCCGCAAAGAGGAUAUCCGCCAGGUUCUGGAACACCCAACAUGGAACGGUGUGGUUGUGGUCGAUGAGGCAUACAUUGAUUUCGCCGUGGAGGGCUCCAGUCUCGCGGAGUGGGUCACUGAAUGGCCUAACUUGGUUGUGAUGCAAACCCUCAGCAAGGCAUUCGGUCUCGCAGGUAUCCGCCUUGGCGUUGCUUACACCAGCCCCGAGAUCGCCCGUCUUCUGAACAGUCUGAAGGCCCCUUACAAUAUCUCCAGCCCGACUAGUGCCCUCGCCAGCGCUGCUCUGACUGGUCCCAACAUGGCAGUCAUGCACCGUUACCGUGAACAGAUUGUCGCGCAGCGCGAUCGUUUGCUCCGCGAAUUGCCGCAGAUUCCCGGUGUGGGCCGCUUCUUGGGUGGCUCGGACGCGAAUUUCCUGUUGGUGGAAAUGCUGGAUGCAGCGGGGAAGCCUAGCAAUGUUGUUGCGUUGGCAGCGUAUGAGGCGAUGGCUGAGAAGCGCGGAGUCGUUGUUCGAUUCCGUGGAAAGGAGUUUGGAUGUGAGGGAUGUCUGCGAAUUACAAUUGGUACGGAGGCGGAGGUCAGCAAGUUCUUGCAAGAGCUUCGUAAUGUGUUAGCUGGGCUGCACGGGGGAGUGAGCAUUCAGUCCGUGCGUGAUGAGGAGCAACGGGAAGAGACAGCGGCUGCAGUAGUUGGCUAA